AUGAAUGAUCAAAUAUACCCUGUAUCCGACUUGAGGUCCACCCCCUCCUUCUGCGGAAAUUAGUAGCUUAGUGAAAAAUCGAGCAUUCUGUGUUGGAGAGAAUUCUAUGCGAAGACUCGUUGUCCUAUGUGCAUCCAGUACAAGAAUCUGGCUGUCCAAUAGCGUAAAUGGGGUGCCGGUUUGACUGAGUUUAGCUCGCAACCGCAAAGAGUGGUCAGUGCGAUUUGUCACAUCAACAGUCGAUAUUGCAGCAUCUCCCACAGCCACAAAACCAAAGGCGACUUCACGCCGAGGAAUAUGAAGCACAGAUCUUGUCGAAACACUAGUGCUCAUUUGUGAGGAACUCCGCACACCGACAGCACUAGACAGGGAGCUCGAAGACCUAGCUGAAUCGGGACGACUGCUCGGUGGGUCUUCACGUGUCGUCCUCUCUUGACUAAUCGAGGAUUGCUGACUAACAGUGCUGGCUGGUCUUGAUCCACUGAGUCGAUUAUUGACCUGAAAACGAGGUUUAUAAUAAUACUGGCACAGCAACAACACGUAAUACUAACAAAUUUGUACCUUGGAGAUACAUGAAGCUACUGUAUCCACUGACGCAGGAGUUUUGACAUUGUCUAAUGCUCGACUCGUAAUUACUUCGGUAGGUUUAUUUGAAUCACCGGAACUUAUAGAUGUCACCUGAGCGCCAUUACUGGGUUUUGCAUCAAAACCGUCAUGAAGGACGCGCGAAGGCUGAACUGGGUUGACUAAAUUACUAAUUGGCGAUGACUGUUGUCUCUACACGAGAUACUCUUUGUUUCGUUGAUAUCAAGUCCUGAAAGCUACAAGCUGAAAAGCUUUGGACAGGUACGCGUUGUUUUUUUCUUUCUGUCCCAAGAAUCACUACUUGAGUUCACAGAAAAAAUAAAAGAAUAACAGUGAGAAAACUCAACGGAUUUCGCUGAGGUGGAGGAGGGAGGUUGCCACGAACUCUUCGAGCUUUCACACGUUCUCGUUUGUAUUCAUCCAGAACUUUCAUCAAAGUUCGUGGUGAGGACGAAGCAGGUUGACUCUGGAAAUCCAGGUAUCCAACAAAAAAAAAGAAUACAGGUACAAAAAAGAACUGAUAUUCUCAAACUCGAGUAGGUAUUCGGUAAUUUCACACAAGUCAGAGCUGCGGACUUGAGAAUGCUUUGA